GGGCGGACGCAGGGCUGGGCUUCGCGCGGUGGGUCGCUCGCGAGGCAGCGCUCGCCGAGGCCUCCGGUUCUGCGACACGUGACUGUCGGGCCACCUCCGCCGCUGUCUGCACUGCAGCGCCGGGCCAGGUGUGCGGGUGGGAGAAGGCGCGGCCGCCGCGGGUGGCCCAGGAGCUCGAGAUCAUGGAAGGAAAGCGGCUACUGUGUAUGUUAUUGGUCCUUGGAACAGCUGCUGUCCAGGCUCAUGAUGGGCAUGAUGAAGAUAUGAUUGACAUUGAGGAUGACCUUGAUGAUGUCAUUGAAGAGGUAGAAGACUCAAAAUCAAAACCAGAUACCAACACACCUCCUUCAUCUCCAAAGGUUACCUACAAAGCUCCAGUUCCAACAGGAGAGGUUUAUUUUGCUGAUUCCUUUGAUAGAGGAUCUCUGUCAGGGUGGAUUCUAUCCAAAGCCAAGAAAGAGGACACUGACGAUGAGAUUGCCAAGUAUGACGGACAGUGGGAGGUAGAUGAAAUGAAGGAAACAAAGCUUCCAGGAGACAAAGGACUUGUGUUGAUGUCUCGGGCCAAGCAUCACGCCAUCUCCGCUAAAUUGAACAAGCCCUUCGGAUUUGAUACUAAACCUCUUAUUGUUCAGUAUGAGGUUAAUUUCCAAAAUGGAAUAGAGUGUGGCGGUGCCUAUGUGAAGCUGCUUUCUGAGACACCAGAACUCAACUUGGAUCAGUUUCACGACAAGACCCCCUAUACGAUUAUGUUUGGUCCAGAUAAAUGUGGAGAGGACUAUAAGUUACACUUCAUCUUUCGCCAUAAAAACCCCAGGACGGGUGUAUAUGAAGAAAAGCAUGCCAAGAGGCCGGAUGCAGACCUAAAGACGUAUUUUACUGAUAAGAAGACCCAUCUUUACACGUUAAUCUUGAAUCCAGAUAAUAGCUUUGAAAUAUUAGUUGACCAAUCUGUUGUGAACAGCGGGAAUUUGCUAAAUGACAUGACACCUCCUGUAAAUCCUUCUCGAGAAAUUGAAGACCCAGACGACCGGAAGCCUGAAGACUGGGAUGAACGGCCUAAAAUCCCAGAUCCAGAUGCUGUCAAGCCGGGUGACUGGGAUGAGGAUGCUCCUGCCAAGGUUCCAGAUGAAGAGGCCACAAAGCCGGAAGGCUGGUUAGAUGAUGAGCCCGAGUAUGUGCCUGACCCAGAUGCAGAGAAGCCGGAGGACUGGGAUGAGGACAUGGAUGGGGAAUGGGAGGCCCCUCAGAUUGCCAACCCUAAGUGUGAGGCUGCUCCUGGCUGCGGGGUCUGGCAGCGACCUAUGAUUGAUAACCCCAACUAUAAGGGCAAGUGGAAGCCGCCUAUGAUUGACAACCCUAACUACCAGGGAAUCUGGAAGCCCAGGAAAAUACCAAAUCCAGGUUUCUUUGAAGAUCUGCACCCUUUCAGGAUGACUCCGUUUAGUGCUAUUGGUUUGGAGCUGUGGUCCAUGACUUCUGACAUUUUUUUUGACAACUUCAUCAUUAGUAGUGAGCGAACAGUCAUUGAUGAUUGGGCCAGUGAUGGUUGGAGCCUAAAGAAAGCUGCUGAUGGCGCUGCUGAGCCGGGCGUCGUGGGGCAGAUGCUUGAGGCAGCUGAAGAGCGCCCGUGGCUCUGGGUGGUCUACAUUUUGACUGUGGCUUUGCCUGUGUUCCUUGUAAUCCUCUUCUGCUGUUCUGGAAAGAAGCAGUCUGGUGCUAUGGAGUACAAGAAGACGGACGCUCCCCAGCCAGACGUGAAGGAGGAGGAAAAGGAGGAGGAGGAGGAGAAGGGAGAGGAGGAGCAAGAGGAGGGGGAGGAGAAGCCUGAGGAAAAGCAGAAAAGUGAUGCUGGAGAAGAUGGUGGCACUGUUAGUCAAGAGGAGGAAGACAGCAGGAGCCCUAAAGCAGAGGAGGAUGAAAUUUUGAACAGAUCACCAAGAAACAGAAAGCCGCGAAGAGAGUGAAACAGUCCUACGAACUUGAUCUGUGAUUGCUUCUCCCUCCCCUCCCCUUGCAAGUGUGGUCCUAGGAGAGGACCUGGCCUCUCUUAGGUUGGCACUCGAGACUUCCGACGUCACCACCAACGGGUUCCAGCUGAAUACUAGUCUGUGUAACUUAAACAUCUAGCAGUAAAUAAUUGCAAUUGUGACAUAAAGGAAGGACCGUGUUUCUGUAGAAGAGAAAACAUUUAACAUAAUGGUUGUGAAAUGUAACAUGAAACAACUAACGUGUAUUUUUUGUUAUGUUUUGAAACACCUUUUUAAAAUAGAAUCAUAAAACCUUGCCAGUCUAAAAUUUUGGCUUAAUAUAUUAAUCUGUGCAGAAAUAACACCAACAUUUAGAAAUACUAGGAGAAUGAAUUUGUUUUUGUAACUUUUUUAAGUUGAUAUUAUAAAACACUCAUGUCUCUGUCCCUUAAAAUUGAUAAUCAUGUUUAAAGUGCAGUCAUUUGUGGUUAUAAUGUUAUUUUUCUUGCUUCCAUUAUUCAACUUCUAAGGAAAUUGAGAGAUUCGGAAGCCCAAAUUUAUAUGAGUUCUGUUUAAGUUGUAUUAAAAUUAGACAUAGAAAAAUACACCUUUUCACUUGAUGUUGGUUAGACCAUAAAGUACGUGUGUUCUGUAGCCCUUGGAACUGCUCAGUUUCCAGACAGCUUCGCAGUUAGUGGAGGAGGUGGCCUAAUGCAGCACUCGGGCGUUCAUACUUCACACCCAGGGAGGCUCUGGGCUUGGCCUUGGGAGCAGGUGGCUUUUUGAGGAUUGCCGACAGAGUACAUGAGCUCCAGAGCAGAUGGCUCAUCGCUUGUCCACUGUGUUGACACUGUUCUCCUUACCUGUUUCCCUGGUUCCCAGCUUUCUCCUCUGCUAUGCAUUGUCUUCACAGCGCAGCUUGCAGUCUCGUUGCUGAAAAAUGAGUAUACAGCCUGCAUAGUGUUAAGCUUUAUUGUGAUUACAUGUAUAUUUCUUUUCUUUGUUUUUUAAAUAGACCCAUACUUUUCCAGGGUCAAAGUACAGGAUAGAAUAUAAACUUUGAUAUUUUUUCUUUCCAUUUCUUUAAUUCUGUAAAGACUUUAGAAGUCUAAUCCAGAGGUGAGCCAAUUCAGAAUUGACUGUAAUUGAACACAGGCUAAAAGUAUUUAUGGGAAGAGUGACAUAUAGCAUGAAUUAUCUGAUUUUUGUAGAAUAUUUUAAGGCUUUAUUUGCUGUUCAUGUAACAGUUGUGUCUUAAAUUUACACAAUAAAGCUGUCUUGUUAAAUUUUUUUUAAUGUGACUUGAAUGUUUUUCAGAAGCAUUUUUAGGUUUGCUUUUUCAUGUGGAAUGCAGAUGGGUGCUAUCACAGCCUCUUCCUCAUCACUGUAGUGUAAUAAGAUCAUUAUUACACCAUGCUGAAAUGUAUUCAGAAGCAGAUGUUUCAGCUUUAUUCUUUGUUCAGAGGUAUUUCAAAUGUACUGAUGAUGCUGUUCCUUGCACUGAAUAUAUAGACACUCCAUGGCGUUUAUAGUGGGGAGAUUUUGAGAAGAAGUAUAUUUGUAAAAGGUGAAGAAUGUACCCAUUUUGUUUUUUAAACACUGGCACAGUUAAUUUUUUUUAGACAGUGAGAAGCAUUUUUCUCACUGUUCAGUGCUUUAUCUUUCUUGUUGUUCGGUGGUCACAGUGACCUUAGCUCUGUAGCAGACUUUCCCAAAUGUAUUCAGUGCAAAUAAACAAUUAUUUAGCAAGACCUGAAAACGUCUGCAGGUUUCUCCUUGAAGCAAAUGUGUGGGGAUUGUCGCAUUUCUGAUAAUCGGCCUUUUUCAUUCUCCACUGACAUUGUGUUUCAUACCUGCUUUUUCUCUGCUGAUAUAAAAUGACAGGUUAAAAUCA